AUGGACCGAACACUCUUCAUUACAGAGAGCUCUGUGUGUGUGUGAGCGCACUCUACUCUUAAUGAAAUGUGUCACCUGCUCUCCUCUUCUCUCUGACUUCAUGUCUGUCAUGAAUCACACACAUGAAUUAUUGCUAACCAGUAGCAGCUUGUCUGUGAGGGAAACUGACCUCAUUGUCUAAAGCUGUCAGAGAAAACAGCCUAACAGCAGUGCCCCCUAGUGAUCUCACAGGAGCACAACCCAUUCAAAGGUCACCUGCUGUAUGCCAUGGGGCACAGGCCUUAUUUUCAGGACCAAGAAAGCAGAGUUUUUAAGCAGAGGUGCUUCAUGUGCACAAAGUUCACAUUCUAUAUUUGAUAAUAUUUUUAAAAAUGGAAAAGCAAGGUGUUUGCUUUCAAACCAUGCUUGUCAACAGAGCAUGUGCUGUAAGAGAAGGCUAAAUGGUCAAAAAUGGGCACAUUAUUUAGUUUUGUCUGUUAGAAGGGCAUCCAAAGAGAACUUUCUAAAAACAAAUUUUUAUACUUGAAGGGCAUCAAGAAGGCAAAUUUUACAAGUCAACCAUGGAAAAGGCACCAAAAGCAUUUAAAAGAAGGCAUCCAGAGGUCACUCUUUUACAUUUCCUGCAAAGAAAGGGCGUCCUUUUUUUAAUGGAAGGGCAUCAAGAAUGCAUUUUUUAUGUUUACAUUCUUGAAGGGCAUUUAAUAUAAUAAUAAUAAUAAUAAUACAUUUUAUUUGUAUAGCGCUUUUACAGGAGCUCAAAGACACUUUACAAAAACAUAAUAAAAAUACAGUAGGCAAAAUUAAUAGUAACAAGCUAAAAACAAGGUAAAAUCAAAUAAAAAGAAUUCAAGGAAUAAAAGAAUACAGGGAGGGGCAGAUGUAAGGUGCACUUUAUUCUGUUUGUAUGAAUUGCAUAUUAAAAAGAGAGCGUUCUAUACCUCUUAUUUUAGCCAGGAUCACCUUUUCAGAGCAGAGGGCACCUGGGGUCGAACUUGUGUCCCACUCCCCCUCCUGCACCUUCGGAGUACACCACCGGUGGAAAAAGCUAAGUUCUUGACAAAAAGUGAAAGUAUGCUGUUUUAAAAAUGCUUAUUUGAAAAAGACCCCCAAAAUAUACUGAUAUAUACAAUGGCUAAUCUAUUUGGCCUUUAAACUAAGACUGAAAAUGAAAAACAUAAACAAAUAAAAUACUGAAUACAGUUACAGUACAAACUUUUUUAAACCAGUGAGGCGCUCAUGUCUGUGACGAAGAACUUAAUAUUUAUUUUGAGCUUUUCUGGCACUUAAAGGUGAAGAUAUUUUUAUUUUUUAUGUUUGAGACAGAAACACAAGCCUGUGGUGUCAGUGUUUGUGCGUCACAGUUGCACUAAAAAUUCAUCUGUCGCCUUCCGCAUGUUCGCACUAAACUUGAAACAUCUGGCUGUCUAGGAGCCAGUUUACAUUGAAGUCAAUAAAAUAAACCUGUUUGUUGUCAGUGCAGGUAGAAACAGUAAAUUCAGAUUGAUUUCAUCCACUUCUUACAUGUAAGGCUGAUCAGGGGGAGGAGGAGAGAUCAGGCAACUGUGGGGCUGAUAAGAAGAGGUAACAGGUGUGUAGAAGGUGCAAAGAGGGCACCUGGUGGAGAAAGGAGGAGGUACAAACAAAGAUCGAACAAACAUAUCCUAUAGAGACGCAGUAGCUUUUCUUUAUUAUGCUUUCUACCCCUGAAAAGGAUGAUAAAAUAGUGUCCACUGCUGCGGUGAAUGUGGAGGGAUUGUAUUAUGACCCCAGGCCCCCCAAGGUUUGGGUUAAGUCUCAGAUAUUUACAGCGUCUGACUCCACCUUAUGUACAAUGUACAUAAAGUCCUUAUAGUGUUGUGAUAUCAGAUGUACGGUACAUACUGAUACGAUUAGCUGUUCCUUAGUGUCGACUUCUGUCCAUUUAAAGAAUAAAUUUGUAAACGAGACAUCAGGUUGCUGCAUGUGAGGCCGCUCCCACCAAUUAAAAAGUUAUAUAUACAUAGAUAUAAAUAAAGAGAAGUCCCGUUUACAAGUUUAUUUAGAUUGAAGGUUGUUCAGCGGGCUCCGGUGUUCUUUUCCAUUUCACUUAUUGUUGGCCAUGACAUCCAAUACCUUCAAUGUGGGUUUUGUGGCAACAGUGUCAUUAGCAGGUGUUUGAUGUCACUGUUUAUUUCAUAAGUCUGUACAGCUUUGAAGGUGGAUAUAUGUGUUCAGCCACCAUGAAGUCCCAGACAAAUGUCCACAAAGCGACAAAAAGCAUUUUGUAAAGCACAAUAUGGAUUGCAUGGUAUCACAUUGUAUAGUACCAAAGCAAUUCAUAUCGUUUGUCUUUGUUCUCUGGAGCAGUUAGAUUUAUUCAGUAUUAUGGUUCAAUUUAACGUCCCAGGAGAAUGAUGACAUUUUUCUACAAUAAUCAUAUUAAAAUCUAUUGUACCAAUAAUGUAGGACUGUGCAGUUUCAUGUAACCUAUUAUUCUUGCACAUGUAUCACAAUACAUUGUAAAUUCUGUAUCUGCUAAUUACUUUAAAUACAAACACUUUAAUCAGAUAUUUAUAUAGAGGUCUGUUCAUAAACAGCUUUUUAAAGAGAAAAUUGUUUUUCAUUGUCACUUUGGGUUAUUUGUAAUUUUGCAUGGAGAAAAAAAAUCAUGGGAUAUUUGGUACGAGGAUCUGUGAGGGGUCUGUCCUCUAACUUAAUCCACAGUGGGAUUACACGUAGCCUUGGUGUUGUGAUGUUAAAUUUAGCCGCUGUCGGUUUUAGUUCGGCUGUUACUGAUAGUAAAGCUAAAGAUAGCGCUCUGGAAUGUUUUAUCGUGAAAACACAACAUGAACUUUGACAUGACGCUUGAGCGCUCUGCGUGCUGAAGGUCGUUUUCUUUUCUUCUUUAUUUUCUUUUCUUUGGAAGUUGCAAAUCUUUUCUCAUUUUAUUAUGCACCCUCCUGUGUUUACUCACAGACCUUAUUCAUGCAGGAGGAAACCAGUUUUAACUGUAUCCAAAGAAUUAAAUGAAAACUAGUUGUCCUAGAACGGAGCUCUGAGGAACACCUCAUGAGAUUUCUGCCAGAUGAAGACAAUUGAUGGAAAAGUCUUCAGUGCAGUAAUGAACCACGGGAGAAAGACUCUUAAAUGCAGAUCAGAGGACUGAUUCCCGAUCUUAGACUUAGUGGACGACCUUUUCUUUGACGUAGAAACCUGGGAAGGAGUAGAUUUGGGACAGGCCUUGAACCACCUGACAAAUAGCAACAAUAUCCUCACCUCUCUUUCUAAUCAACCACUUAUUAACGUUUGCUGUCCAAUCUUGAAGUGCAUCUGUCUGAAAUUAACUGCUUAGUAGGUGGAGUCAAUUGUUUUUUACUAGUUGGAAAUACUUAAAAAUCAAUACAAUAACAGAGACCUCCCCCCAAAACAUGGUAUUUAUUCAUUCAUUCAUCCAUUCAUGUAUUUAUUUGUCAUUUAUUAAAAACACACAAGUUUAUGCAGAAAGGAGUUGACCGUCCCAGAGCAGAAGCAUCUUCACUCCAAAAGCUCGAUCUUCUUGAGACUUUGACUCAGAAUGCAGUUGAACUAAAGGGUCUUCUCGGAUUAUAGAGUGGUAACAGUUUGUUUUUAUAUUUAGGUGCACAGUGGGUUUUCUCGCGGGUUUUCACUCAGCUGACUGUGAUGACCUCUAAGAUUCAGUAAAGUCAUGUGAUCAUGGUCCAAACCCAAUCUAGAGGUCAUCAUGACACAGAAACAAACUAUUGCUGAUCAUUGAAGGAUGUUAUUGAGUUUUAUCAUGUUGACUCCUAACAAACCAUGAAAAAACAGAACUGUAUGGCCCUGCAGCAGGGCAGGGGUAAACCUGUUUUAGACCUGCAUUAAAACCGAUCAGUCACCAACUUUACAUUACUUUAUCUUGUGUCAGAUUUAGGCUUAAGUCGUUGGGAGUGUCAAGUUUCAUUCGUCAUCACACGAUUUCCUGCAUCAUCCUCCAUCAACAGUUCCAGAUCAGACACUGUACACUGUGUUUUCUCCUGCAGAGGGAAAGAGGAGCCCUCCUGGGUCAGGCCAAGGGUCGAGGUAGGAGCAGCUCCUCGUGUCUUUUUUCACUGCAGCUGGCUGAGGCUUUUACUGCCUAGAAGUGCGCAGGAAUGUUCACGUCUUGGUUUUCUGGAGGACAUAAUGUUUUAUUGCACCACGUCACCAUUUCUGGCUCUCCUUGUUUGGCAGCCAUGUGGCAACAAGUGUUUGCUUUCCCCCUGGGGAGGACGUGGUGAGGAGGAAGGUGAAGAAGAGGAGGUGGGCGAGCGAGGGAUUCAAACAGAAAACCAAACAGCAGCGAGGAGGAGAGGCAGAGAGCGGCACAGCUUCAGCAACAAAGAAAGGUAUGCAGAGAUGAUUGCAAUGCAUCUGUCACAGAGCCGUGGGGUUACGUCUGGGCGCACAAAAAGUGUUGAACAGUUUGUUAAACUGACAAAUAACUCACUUUUGCCUUUGGAUUAAUUAGACAGACAAAUAUUGUAUCUUUUAGUUGCAAAUAAAUUAGAAUUCCUCCAAGAUGAGACAAAUCUCGGUUGAUUUGCGAGGAUUUCAUUUCUGCACUCAAUAAAUAUCAACAACAGUGUUAGUAAAGCAAUGCACUGGCAUGUAUUUAAACUGUUAGAUUUUACAGGAGCACACCUGAAGUUCAUGACAUGACUAAUUAAUGCAAUCAGGCAACAUUUUGAUGCCUUUUGUUGCUGAAAUCCAUUUAGGUAAACAUUUUUGGGUUUAAUCACUUUGGAGAAAUGUCAGUCUGUGCACACCUCCAUCUAUUUCUGUCAUUAACUGAUAAAUGCUCAUAGAAGUUUCUGCUACUUUCUUCACUCAACCUGGACUCUAGUUUGACUCAAAAUCAGUACUUAUCAAACCCUCUUGCAUGUUUGCAUAUCAUUCAUCAUUUUGUAUCAUUGGUGUAUUUCUAAUGUGUUGUUUUUUGUUUAAAUGUUUGAACCACUUGAUCUUGAUUCCCGUGGUUGAAAAAAAUGCUUAUUUUUUUGGAAAUUUCUGCAGUAUAGCUCAGAGUUAUGUAACCAGUUGCUGGCAAAUAUGUGCCUCCAGUGUAGCUUCCCAUAUGCUGCCCACAUAGUCUAUAAAAAGGAUUGUCUUCAUGGGGCAUCUACACAUUUAGCACAUGCUGGGACAUGUGCAGGAUUACCAGGCAGUGCCAGUUGCUGCAUUAACUGUACCAGUGGCCUGAAAGCUUGUUUUAUUAUCAUUGAAAGUACAUAGAGCAAAACAAAAGGUUAGGUUUAAAUGUUAGAUUUCUUUAAAAACUUCCACUUAAGCGUUAAGUAACCAAAACACGAUCAAGUCUGCUACAUCUACCAGCCAAUCAGGGAGGCGUGUUUUUGUUGGCUGGAGUAUAAAGACAUUUCACUGAUACUGAACCGACGACAGCAGCGAUGAAUCUUCAAAAACAAUCUGUCUCUAUAUCUCAGGGUCAUUAGUGAGCUAUGUGCUUAAGAGCUGCGCUGCGGUCCACAGGCAUAGUGCUAAUUAUUAGAGCUAUAGUACGAGGGCAGGUUGGUUUUCAUAGCGCAGACCUUUGAGAGUUCAUCACAGUAUAUCUUACAGCAUAUCAAAUCAACUAAAACCGAUAGUCCCUGAAUAAUCCCUUAAGUAAAAGUCAAAGUCACAGUAUCGCAGCCAUCUGGAGGGGAUUAGACCGGUUUCCAUUCAAAGUAUGAAAAGUGAUUUCAGACGGUUAGUUAGAAGGUGGGAAACUGUGUCAUUCACUUACUGAUGAAGUUAAGGCAAGAAAAACUCAAUAUAAAAUCCUUACAGAGGUCCUCUUUACAUGUCACUUUAAGAGGAUUCAGAGCAGGAUGGUUAUUUCUGGAAUAUAUGCUGCUUAAAUGUUUUUGUAAUCUUGUUUUAUCAUGUCAGGGAUCAGUUAAAGUGAGUGUUAGUUUGGCAGAAAAAUGGAGACAUGACACAGUGAGCAAGAUGCAAUUCGGAGACUUGAGGGUAGUGCAUCUGUUGCACAAUAUCAUCUGUUGCAAAAUUAAAAAGACAGGAAAGCAUCUUUUGUCUGUAGUCUGGUCCUCUUCUGCACAUACAUCUCUCCUCUGUCCCCUGCAUGCAUUUUACAGAUGAAUGUGUGGUGAUGUUGCCCAUGCACACUGCACAGGCAAGAAUAACCCAUCUGCAUAUGCCCCAGUUAAAGUUUUUGGCGGGUGUGCCGUCACCAUUCAUUUGCGAGAAACUCAAUAUGACUGACCCAUACAUAAAGCAGAUGAUUGUAUGCUUUGAUUGACUAAUAUAAUGUAAACUUUUCACAUGCACAUGAGUGAUCAGCCCUCUCCAUUGUUCAUCAGAUAAAAACAUUUCCCCCGAGAGAGAACUGACUGGGAGUGUUUGACCGGUGUUUUUGCCGCAGCGUCGACAGGCAGAGAUGCUUUGGAUCCUUUUGAUGGAUUGAUUUACCAGGAGGUGGGGUAGUUAGAAAAACCUGAGGGCUUGUAAAAGUGACAGUGAUUUCACCGUUUCACGUAUAUCCUGUUAGCCACUUGCUCACGACAAAGUUGAUUGACAGGGAGAUGAUCCAAUAGGAACCAGCUGAAAGGAGGCAUGUGGCCACCUAAAGCAGCAGAGUCUGACAGAGAAGCUUCUGCCGUCUGUGUUUGAAUAUGGUGUGUCAGUGCUGUCAGCUAUCAGAAGACCAGAGAGAGUUCAGACCAUCAUCAUGGUGAAGGACUUGAAUCCACAGGGAUUCUUGUUCCAAACCUAAACCAACAAAUUUGGGUCUAGUCCAAGAAAAGUUCCAAUCAUUUGUCAGAAACCAGACAUUUUUGAAAGUCCUCCACUGUUUUAGAUGACUUUAUGAAUCUCUGCUAGGAGAAGAAAGUUUGACCUUCAACCUACUCCACGAUUACCUCUGGCACCGCUCUUUUUUCAGUACAUCAAAGUUAGUUUGUCCCAUCGAGUGGUGGACUGAUGAACCCAUAAACUAACCCUGACAUUUUAGAGCUGAAAGCCGCUACAGCCUCCUAAAAAUACUUCCCCAAUUACUCAUUCUUCCUAAAACAUCAGGGGAUCAAGUAUUGAUCCCGAAGGGAUGCCACAAAAGGAUUUGCAGGCAGUUAUGUAAUUCAGUUUUAAAAUCAGUCUUUCAGCUGCAGAUAUAUAAAGUCUGGGUAGCUGCUGUCAGGAAGGGGGCCCCCUUUUUCCGUCAAUUAAGCUGUAUGUCGAGUGAAACCUUCCUCACUCCUGGCACAAGUGGGAGAGUAGUGAGUGUUGGAUGAUCUUAAGUGAGUGACAACGGUCCUGCAAGUUGUCAGCAGCAGGGAGGCGUCCUUAGUCAUAAUUUACAGACGCUAAAGACAGCUGAGCCGGCCGGCAUGGAAAGACUGAUCCACAUCUGAGCUGGGAAGGAGGAGGAGGAGAUCACUGCUCAGGAACGACUCACACUCCUUGACAUUGUUGGCUAUAAAAAGAAAAGCCCUCCUGCAUUACAGAGACCUAUCAUCUAAUACAUAUGUCAAUAUGCAGUAAAGAACAGAAUGUUUUCAUUUAAAAUACUUGUCAUUAAUGGAGAGAAAGUUUUUAAUUCUCUGUUUAUUAUGGACACAUGAGGCUAAACUGCAGCAAAUAUCUGCCAUCUGUCACAAAUAUAAAGACACUGUAAAUAAACUGGAGUGAUAGUGAAAGUGAAGAGAAGAUAAAAAUGAAAUGAUAAGGAGGGGAAGAAAAGCCCCAAAUGUGAUGGCAUGUCUGCAAUUUGUGGAGGAGGCAGAGGGAGAGAGGGGGGAGGUUUAAGUUACGGUGGAUAUGCUACUUCAAACCGUAAGCUUGUGGACACACUGUUGUCAACAUAUCAAUCAACCUUGGAAAUUUAGAUGAGGCCACCUAAAUUAAAGACGUGCUUUAGGACUAUCAGGAUGAUGAAUGUGAGAGUAAUGCUAGUCAGUCUUACAUCAGAAUAUCGAUAACUGUUGCCAUGUUGGAAAUGAAGUACCUCUUAUGCAACCGUGUUACCUUCAAAAUGAACAAGUUUUGAAAUACUCACUCUAUGUUCUGCACAUACAGAUUAGGAAACAGGUGAAUCAAAUCGAAACCAUUUACUGCUUUUACUCUGUUAAAGUUUGAGUAAUGAACCGUCUCAGGAAACUCGUACUUCCUGAAUAAUCAUUGGUGUUAAAGAGCUCUUAUCCAUGCGGAGUACGAGCUGCUGUCCUCUACUAGAGGUGUCGAGUAUCUGUUAGGUCCUACGUUCAUGAAACUUUUACAUUGGGGCAAGUUAAAAAAGUGCAUGUCGAUGUUUUUUUGACACACCAGCACUUAAUGUUGUCCGGCACGAGGUAGCAAACACAAGCAACUGUCUCAGCUCAACCGGAGUAGUGUCCUUGUCUCAGGAAUCGAGUUGCUGGUAAACAUGUGCUACGGUAGGUCGUGAUAUGUGGACUUUCAUCUUGUUAGGGUUGUUGGGCUGUUGACUUUUUUCGCUUUCACCAGCUUCAAGUCAACCUCUGAAGAACUGUGGUUUAUCACACUUGAACAGUGGCUUCAUUUUUAACGUCUGGUGUUCCCACUGUGUUUAAAAACUUGGAGAAAGGGUUUGGAUUUAGCCGAGAUUUGGAGCAUUUGACUCUAACAAUCAACAAAUCAUAUCAUCUUAUUCAUUCCCAUAUUCCUAAUAGAUUAAUUAAUGCAGGUUUAUUUUGUCGUAAUGGAAACCAUCAAAAUUUGAAUAAGAGUUGCCAAAAAGGAAAUGACACCAGUUGCCGGGUAGAAAAACACCCCUGUCUUAGCACGUGGCUCAUUAGGUGCAGUAACUCUCAGGUCUUCUUUGUCGACUUCUUCACUGGGACCACUUUAAAUAGCUACUCUAAUAACCUAAUUUUCCCACAGGGACCAUUGUAGUCUCAUGUUAAGUUCUCGGCCUCUGGAAGCUCUCCUGCACGCUGGGAGGUCGUAACUUGGCCCUCACUGAAAGGCCAAGGGAAGCCGUGGAGAUAGAAACACCAACGGAGCUGCAGGCUGCAAGGAUGUAACACUAUGUAUAGCUCUGAAAACAGAGAGGAGGGGUUCAGGGGUUCAGGAGGCAGGAACACUUUGACCCAAAAGAUCAAGAGCUGUAGAGGACGGAGGGUCUGAAUACCACGCAGAGCACAGAGGAAGAGUUAUGAGGAUUCCUGCACCUCUUUUUACUGCAAAACGUGACUGUGAGGAGAUUAUUUUCAUCUAAAUUCAGCACUUUAGCCUUUUUGAAGAGAAGGAAACAGGUCAGAAGGAAACAGAAAACACCUCAUGGGUUUUCAGCUCCAGUUUUAGGACCUACGCACUUAAUCCAAGACCAGGAACAAAGUUUGUAAGUAAGACUAUCAUUGAAAAUGCUUCACUCGUGUUAGUUUUGAGCCGUGUUUCUUCAGCUCAAUUUGGAGAUAGUUGAUUUUUUGGGUUUGAUCAAUUAAUAUAAUGUUAUUAUAACAAAUGAGAAACAAGUGAUAUUAGAUUUCAUGACACCGUUCACAUUACAGUCUAAUUUACAUGGUUGUAUAAGCCGGUAACAUGUUUGUAACGUUCAUGAAAUGUAAAAAUACACCGAGCUCUGCUUUAGGUUUCGUAACAUAUUUAGGUCUGAGGCAAUAUUAAACUACAUUUCAUAACUGCAGUAGCCACGUGUAACUGUUCUGGAUUUAAUAAGCUGUCAUUUAGGAUCAAAAACAUGGGAUCAUUUAGAAAAGGUGGCGUGCACUGAGGAAAGUGAGGCACACAGUUAAUAACAGGGUACAAACAAACAGUUCCCUCAUUUUCACCAAAAAAUACCCAGAAGCACAUUUUGUACAUUUAUUUCUGUUACCAGCCAACUAAGUGAGUGAAGUAUCAUUUCUGUCUUAGUUUCAUUAAACCAUAAAUUAUUCCAGUUUAAUAGGAGCAGUGUAGACUCUUGAAGUUUUGUUUUUUAGACGUAUAUAAAUCUGAACAUCAACGCUGAAUAAAUGGAAAAGAAAUGUUGCCGCUUUUUUAAAUAAAACGAGGUUUGAGCUCAAACUGGAGCGUUACAGUCUGGACAAAAAGGAGGCAGUGAGAAGGAGUAAGUCUCACGGGAUGCAGGACGUGGUGUAAGAGCAUAAAAGCCUUAGCGUACGGUUAAUAUGAUGAAGGAGAUUGACGCUAUAUUAACAUAUUUUCCAGAUAUGUCCUCCUGCAGUUAUAGCUUAAUUUGGGGGAUGUCAUCAUAACCAGAAAAUCCUGCAUUAUUUAACAACAUAGACCAUUUCUGCAGAAGGUUAGUCGUCCAAGAGUCCCGAGGGGCGUUGUCCCUCAUUACUCAGUGUUCACGUAUCAGAUUGUGUCCUCAGUAGUGAUGCUGUCUGUGGAGUAAAAGUUAUUUAUAGCAGGUUUUGACAAGGAAACACAUCUCUAAACGCCACUAACCCAGCAUACUGCAGCCUCGAUGGCAUGUGUUAAAAGGUAUUCUGACUGGGCGUGUCUGGUGUCUCCAACUGGGAACCACAGAGGAUGAAACGGUUAUUACCACUUCCUCUCCUGGACCCGUUAAUAGCCCAACAUUUUUCAUAGCUAUUGUCAAAGUCAUGGUAAAGUUUUCCAGGUUUUAUGCAUCAGGAAAACGAUCUUACUAAUUAAUGUCGAUGCUCAUGUAUGACCCCUCCACAGUGCUUAUACCUAUUGUGUGUUUUCUCUGCAGAAAUAGAGCAUCACAGAGUUCAGUGUCUUCAUCGGUAUCAUGGGCUGGAAGGACAACAAGUGUGGCUCAUGUGAAGGUACUUGAACCUGUGCUUUUAGCGUCUUACUCCAGGUGGCCCUAUAGUCUAUGAUGGUUUUUGAUGCCAGAGUCGACAGUAAUCACAACAACAUGACAUCCUUUUAUCCUUCUUUCCACGUACAGAGAAUGAUGGCUCCAUAUCAGAUGUACGCAAUGACAGAGAGACUGGAAGCUACAACCAAUGUACACACUUCACUUCUCCAGAUGUUUGUAACUCGGUAUGGCUUCUGUAGAUCUUUUUAUCUUUGCAGAAAUCAGUCCAGCAGUCAGAGAGUAAAAACCACUUUUAUUCUACAGUAGCUGUUAUUUUAAAGAGCAAGUUUCCACUCCCCAAAAGCUGACAUAGUCUUUGAAAUUAAAGACGUCUAAUUGUUUGACUUCUAUUUUAUUACCCUCUAGACUUUCCUUCUGUGAAAACUUGCAGAUCAAACUAAAAAUGUAGUUCGAACCAAAGCUAGAUAUUUGACUUGCUAAAUUAUGAGACACCUUCUCGCUCCCUUUUAAAUUGUCCCCUUGUUGUCUUUAUCUACGUCCCCUACAAAAUCAUCACCAUCACCAACACCUGUCUUCAUCCCUGCGUCCACCAUUCAUCACUGUGACCGUCCAACCUUCAACUAAGACCGACGACAACUCACAGCAGCAUGAGUCCGCUCCUCAGGACGACAGCGCUGUCAACACUGCCCGUGAUGAAGCUAAGAACAGUCACAGAGACAAGACCAGCGAGAUAGACGAAGAGGAGGGACAUCUGGUCUAUCACAUCGGCCUGGUGUUGAAGGAAAGAUGUACGCGACUCCGACCUUUUGUCUGUACUUGCUGUUCUGUCCUUGUAGCUUCAUACUUUAAAUGCAUGAACAGGUCAACAGACUGUAACACCGUACACUCAUGCCAUCAGGAGAUACUCCGUACAUUCUUUCAACUCCUCCUGCCAGAACCAGACUCACCUUUUUAAUGUCUUUCUGAGUUUCGAGUGAUACAAAAAAUAAGUAUGUUGUACAAGUUUUAACGAUGGUUGGCACUUUCUCUAAUUUUUGUUUCUCACACUGUUGAAUUUUCUCCCAUACGAGUGUCUGUCUGUCUCCUACAGAUGAGAUUGUGUCGACGCUCGGAGCUGGAGCUUUUGGAAAAGUGGUGGAGUGUACUGACAGAGAAAAGUGAGACUUCUUGCUUAUUAAAAAUUGCUCUUCUAACCUUGAUUCUGUAGUAAACGCACAUUUACCUCUCAAAUGUUGCUGGCUCUUGUAAGAGAUGCACGUGUCGCCGUGAAGAUCGUGAGAAACAUCGACUGUUUUCGAGAUGUGGCAAAGUCUGAGAUCACGGUGCUCGAAGAGAUCAACAGCUUGGAUGACGACAACAGAUUGUGAGUGAAAAGGAUCAACAUUUAUCUGUCAUGUUUUUGUUUCAGUAAGGAUAAUUUUGGUGUUACUCUCACUCUGUCAGCGCCUGUGUGAGGAUGUUGGACUGGUUCGAUCACGAGGGUCACAUCUGCAUCGUGUUCGAACUGCUCGGCAUCAGCACCUACGAGUUCCUCCGACAGAACAAGUUCCUGCCGUUCAGCGUGGAUCAGAUCAGACACAUGGCCUUCCAGCUUUUCAGAGCCGUCUGCUGUGAGUCCACAUGUCUAAACCAAAACUACGACUUUAUCACCACUUCAGUCUCUCUUCACUGUCAUGUCUUUUUGUUCAGUCCUGCAUCGUAACAAACUGACCCACACAGACCUGAAACCAGAGAACAUCCUCUUUGUGAGCUCGGACUACGACCUGGAGUACAAUGAUGAGAAGGUACAAGUCCUUCAGCCGACAGCAAACAAGAUGUGUCGCCAUAAAGAUUUCAAUCAUCUGAUUGUGCGUGUGUGUGUGCGUGUGUGUUAGAGAUGUAAACAGAAGACGCUAAGGAGUCUAGACGUGAAGGUGGUUGACUUUGGCACCGCCACCUUUGACCACCAACACCAUGAAACUCUUGUGUCAACACGUCACUACCGAGCUCCAGAGGUCAUACUGGGUACACACAAGCUCAACUCUUCUCGUUAUGGUGUGUUCUUCUUCUGUUUUAAGGUGUAAAUGUGUGUCUAACUGUGUUUCAUUGUGCGCAGAUCUGGGCUGGAACCAGGCGUGUGAUGUUUGGAGUCUGGGCUGCGUGCUGAUGGAGUUCUACCUUGGACGCACUCUCUUCCCGGUACAUUCAUUUGCAGGAAACACACACACUCAACACAUUUAGAAAAAAAAGUCACUUUCUCCUCUCUUUCCUGUCUGCCUGUUUGCUUUUUCAGACUCACAACAGUUUUGAACAUUUGGCCAUGAUGGAGACAGUCCUGGGACCGAUUCCUCCACACCUGCUCAAACAGACCAAGUUAGUGCCGGACUUUUUAAAGCAUCAUAAUAGAGACUGUUCUCCGAUUUUAGGUUUAAAAAAUAAUGUAACUGGUCAGAUCUUGAAAGUUUUGGCUGCUUUUCCCUUGAUACGAAGUUAGACGUUACACAUGGGUGUUACUUUUUACACAGUUGUCCUAGGAAAACUGCAGCAAUUUAAUAUCAACUAGUAUUUGUAUAAAUGAAAGACUGUGCAAAAGAAAUGCUGCCAAUCCAUCGCUUUGUAUAAAAAAUAUAAUAAAUUAAACGUAAUAGGUUAUAAGAAUAUUGAAACUAUAUCUCACAUCAUAAAAUAAAUACAAUUAAAAUUAUAUCAUAUAUUUUUAUAAAGGUAGACUGUCGAGUCAACAUCAAGGAAAUAAGCUAGGAAGAAUGAAAACAGCUAAAAAUACAUAAAUAAAUAAAAAAAUAAGGCUUAAAAAUAUGGAAAAACCCACUUAAAUGAAAGAGACAUCAACCAAAUUGAAGAAAACAGACACAAAGCAAACACCAACCUCCCUGUAUUUCACUUAUUAUAUUAGGAUGACAUCUACUCAUGUGUUUUGUGUGUUGUAUGUAGAAGGCAGCAAUAUGUGAACAACGAGCGUCUGAACUGGGACAAGCAGAGCUCCUCUAACGAGCGCGUCAGGAAACACUGUCAGCCUCUGAAGGUAAUACAAAACAAAAGAAAGAUUGACCAAUCAGCUGCAGCCGUCAGGCGGAGCAUUUAACUGACCAUUUGCCUCUCAGCUGUGUAUGUGGAGGAGGAGCGAGGACGAGAGGCAGCUUUUCGACCUGCUCAGCUGCAUGUUAGAGUACGACGUCUGCAGGCGGAUCACCCUGGAGGAGGCGCUGUGGCACCCGUUCUUCAGCCCGAUGAGGACGCCGAUGAAGCAGCGCAGCUAA